CGGUGGCGGCUCCGUGGCGCUGGGAGGGUCCCGCCGGACGGGUAGGCUCCGAUCCCGGGCUGCCCCGGCCCCUAUGGCAGCCUGGAGCACCUGAUAGCGCAGCCUCGCCCAGCCAUGGGGAACCAACUGGCAGAGAUUGCACCCGCGCCACCCUUCCUGCCACACUUCCAGGCACUGCACGUGGUGCUGAUCGGGCUGGACGCGGCCGGCAAGACCUCGCUGCUCUACCGGCUCAAGUUCAAGGAGUUCGUCAAGAGCGCGCCCACCAAGGGCUUCAACAUGGAGAAGAUCCGGGUGCCGCUGGGGGGCUCCCGCGCCAUCGCCUUCCAGGUGUGGGACGUGGGCGGCCAGGAGAAGCUGCGGCCACUCUGGAAGUCCUACACCCGCCGCACGGACGGGCUGGUCUUCGUGGUGGACUCGGCGGAGGGGGAGCGCUUGGAGGAGGCCAGGGUGGAGCUGCACCGGAUCACCCGGACUUCCGAGAACCAGGGCGUCCCCGUGCUCAUCCUGGCCAACAAGCAGGACCUGCCGGGGGCGCUGGCAGCCUCUGAGGUGGAGAAGCUGCUGGCCCUGCACGAGCUGAGCUCCUCCACCCUCAGUUGCACCCAGGGCUGCAGCGCGGUGGACGGGCUGGGCCUGCAGCAGGGGCUGGAGAAACUCUACGAAAUGAUUCUCAAGAGGAAAAAGAUGCUGCGGCAUAACAAGAAGAGGCGAUGAGCAGCCCCCGUAGCUUG